AACGAUGUACUCUACACCGUACGUAGGUCCGUAAACCUGUCGUGCUGCUAUAUACCCUGGGUUUUGAGAUAAGGGCGGGUUGGGGAUAGGGUGGCCAUGGCGACCGCCGGCCGGUGGAGGAGGGGCUGGAGAGGCCUCCUCUCCAAACUUAAAGCCCUCAAAGUGGACCUUAAGACCUGGAACCACAGAGAGUUUGGCAAUAUUUUUGACCAGGCUAAGAAGGCUGAAGAAUGUGCCUCUCUAACUCAGGAGGCCUAUGAUACUGAUCCAACGGAUGGGAACCGAGAGAUUGCUCAGUUGGCGAAUGCAAAAAUGAUUCUUGCAGUCAAUAAGGAGGUGGAAUUUUGGAAACAAAAGGCUAAUAGUAAAUGGUUAGAGAAGGGAGACGCAAACUCCAAAGUUUUCCAGGCUUAUGUCAGAGGGAAACAAAAGAAACUUUGCAUCAACCACAUUAUUUCCCAAGAGGGGGUAGGCCUUCACAACAGAGAGGAGAUCAAGGAGGAAGCCAUCAAAUAUUUUCAGUCCCAAUUCAGUGCUGAAACUGCUGAUCACUGCCCCAACCUCAUGCCUAUUCUCCAACAUAUCCCUAAGCUUAUUUCUGCAGAAGAGGAUGCAUCUAUCACAGCCCUACCUGACAUGGAUGAAGUUAGACACACCAUCUGGGAGAUGGAUGCCAAUAGUGCAAGUGGACCAGAUGGAUUCAAUGGUAGUUUCUUCAAGUGCUGCUGGGAGAUUAUACAACAUGAUGUUCUUAAGGCCUCGCAAGAUUUCUUUUUAGGGAUGCCUAUUCCCAAAGGGUAUGGCUCAAGAAGCUGCUCCCUAAAAUCAUCUCUCAUGGCCAAGGAGGCAAUUCACCAAGCUAUUUUUAACCAAGCUGUUUUUAACCAAGCUGCAUUCCAGAAAGGAAAAGCCAUUGAGGACCACAUUCUCAUGGCCAAGGAGGCAAUUCACCAACUGGAUAAGAAAGUUUUUGGGGGCAAUAUCAUCCUCAAGAUUGAUAUGGCAAAAGCUUUUGAUAGGAUGCACUGGUCCUACCUGGAAUCCAUUCUUAAAGGCUUUGGCUUUUCUUCUCACUCGGUUAAACUUUGCUUGGCAAAUUUGAAGUCCACAUUUAUUUCCAUUCUCCUUAAUGGAGAACCAACAGGCUUUAUUAAAAGAUACAAUAUGGGAUCCCUCAAAUGGGUAGGACACUUGGUUUAUGCUGAUGACCUCAUGAUUUUCACCAAAGGAGAAACCAGGAACCUACUUAGGAUGAAGACUUUGCUGUUGGACUACCUUAGAGCCUCUGGACAGCAAAUAAACUUCACUAAAAGCCGUUUCUACUCCUCCAAAACCACUUCUAAAGAACAGCUCUCUCACAUGGAGAAGAUCUUGGGAAUGAAGGCUGGCUCCCUUCCUUUCACCUACCUGGGUGGAACUAUCUGCAAGGGCAUCCUUAGGAAAGAGCAUUGCAACAACCUCCUGGAGCACUUUGAUAAACACAUCUCCUCAUGGUACAGUAAAGUUCUUAAUCAAAUGGGGCGCCUGAUCCUCAUCAAACAUGUUUUAUCCUCCAUCCCCUUACACAUUUUGGCUGUCCACACCUUAACCAAAUCGAUUCAUGCUAAACUCAACUCUCAGAUGGCAAACUUUUACUGGGGACAGAAGGAGGGCUGGCCUAAGUACCACUGGGUUAAAUGGUCACACAUCUGUAUUCCUAAGGAAGCUGGGGGCCUAGGAAUCAGAAAUCUGGCUACCCUGGAGGAUGCGUAUGGAGCAAAACUGUGGUGGAGAUUUCAUAAUGAUUCAGGCCUUUGGGCUUCUUUUAUGAGAGCUAAAUAUCUUAAGCAUGGCUGUGUUAGAGAAAAGUUAACUGACUCACCCACGUGGAAAAGGAUUUGUAGAGUCCAUGAUUUCUGCACUCUUUUUGCCAAGGGUGAAGCAGGCUCUAUGUCUUGGAACAAUGGGCUUUUCUCUCUAAAGCAGGCCUACUCCCUUAGAGAGGAUGGUCACAGUAGCCUCUUCUCAACCAGAUUUGUUUGGAACAAGACCCAGAUACCAAAGUUGAGGACUUUCAUUUGGAAAUGUCAAGCAGGUUGUUUACCAUUUCCCAACAAUCUCCAACGAUUUAACCUCAUGCUCCCAAGUAUUUGCCCUUUCUGUGCACAACAUGAGGACAAUAUNUCUUCUAAACUGCUACUUCAGCAAAAAGAUUUGGGACUACUUCAAUCAUCUGGCAGCUGGACCUUGGAUUGCAACUCCACUCACCUUUAAGCAAAACCUCCUUUUGUGGUGGAUCUCAGGUAACACAAAAAGCUUCAAGGGGUGUGUUAGGCUUAUCUUGCCAGGGAUCAUUUCUUGGUGCCUUUGGAAAGCUAGGAAUGUAUACAUCUACGAAGAUAAAACAUCCACAAUAGAGGGUGUUAUUCAACAAUGCUUCAAACUUCUCCAAGGAUGGUGCUGGGUGAACCGCAACAAAAAAUGGAUGUGCCAUGAUGCUGACUUCAACGGCUGGGGGCUCAAUACCUAUUGGAGGACCGGAAGAAAUUCCACUUUUCCUG